AUGGCGAAACCAGUGGUAGAUCACUCCGAGCAACAUGAUGAGAACAACUCGGUUGAUUUAGGGAAUUUGGAUGAUAAUAUCGAGACUUUUGACCAUCCGAAAUGGAAGUCGGGCUUUGUCGAUAUUGCUGAGGAUUUUCAAAUCAGUGUUCAGCGCGCUAGCUAUCUUACAUCGCUCUUCAUCGUGGUUCUUGGAGCCGCACCGUUGUUAUGGAGACCACUUGGACAGACCUACGGCCGCCGCCCGAUCUUUCUCAUCUCUCUCAUCGGCAGCUUGGUCGGUAAUAUUGGCUGCGCAAAGUCCCCAUCUUAUGGUACCAUGGGGUUAUGCCGAGCCAUCACGGCGUGGUUCAUCUCGCCUGCAGCGUCACUCGGAAGUGCCGUCGUGGCGGAGUCCUUCGCAAAAAAAGAUAGGGCGAGAUAUAUGGGUGUCUGGACGACAAUGGUGACCUUGGGAGUUCCCCUGGCGCCCUUCAUCUUUGGCUUUGUUACUGUCCGAGUUGGCUAUCGCUGGACUUAUUGGAUUCUGGGCAUAAUCAACGCAGUCCAGUUCGUCUUGUUUUUCUUUCUCGGUUUAGAGACUAGGCACGUUCCAGGCCAAGCAACACUAGGGAAGUCAGAAUACUUCACAUUUCGCCGAAUCGACCCGACCCCUAUCAGGCCUGUCGACUUUAUCGCGCCUUUGGGUCUUAUCACUCGAUGUAACGUUGUCAUCGCUGCCGUGUCCUAUUCCACGGCAUUCCUAUGGGGUAGUGUGACCACGACGUUUGAGAUCCCGCAGAUCUUUCCCGAGACUUAUGGCUUCAACAACCAGCAAGUUGGUCUCCAAUACAUCGGCAUCAUACUUGGUACCCUGAUCGGCGAAUUUGCCGGAGGUUUCUUCUCGGACCAAUGGAUGUGGCGCCGGCAGCGACGAGGUCGCAAGUCUGAGCCAGAGUAUCGACUGUGGCUAAGCUACUUUGGAUACCUCCUCGUUAUUUGUGGUGUUGUUGUGUUUUUUGUUCAGAUUGCCAAGUCUGGCACCAAAUGGAACAUUACUCCGAUUAUCGGCGCUGCCAUUGCAGCUGUCGGAAACCAGAUCGUAACCACUAUUAUGAUUACAUACGCCGUCGACUGCUAUCCAUCCGAAUCAGCAGCAAUCGGCGUGUUUAUUACCUUCAUCCGACAAACAUUGGGUUUUAUUGGCCCGUUCUGGAUUCCAGAGAUGCUACAAAAUACCGGGUACUAUGCGAGCUGCGGGAUUAUUACCGCGUCGCUAGUUACUGUUUCGAUUAUUCCGACUAUGCUAUUGCAGGCCAGAGGACAUAAAUGGCGGGAAUGA